AUGCAAACGUUUACAACGACGGCCAUGCGGCAUCCGGCUAGUCUCCUCCGGUACGAUGAGAAGAGGCCAAACACGGCUACAGCGGGUUGGGGCAAACGGGAAACGUGCUGGAGGCGAACGCGAGAGAUCGUGAAUGUUGGGAGCAGUGCCAACAAACGCAGGCUGCUGCUGGGGUGGAGGUGGUCGAGGGGUGGAGUUCAGAAGAAUCCGACAGAAGGCGAGGGAGGAGACGACGAGAAAGUGGAGGAAGCAAUGGCGCUGUUGCAUCGGACUUUCCUUGGUGCCAGUUGCGAGUUUGCAGUCGCCAUGCCCCUUGAUGCCUCCAACUCAGAAGAGCAGGAAUAA